CACCAAUUAAUGAGACCCUUUUGUUUCUAUUCCAAUUAAUAAUUUCUGUUCCUCACGGCUUGAAGUAGAGAGAAGCGGAGUCGAAACCCAGCGACGCCAGUAUGUCUCCUUUGCUUCUUGGAUUGGCCACUUUAACGGUGGCCAUCUUGAUUUACAGGCUUUUGAAGCUCGUCACUCGCCCUUCGCAUCCUCUGCCGCCGGGUCCAUGGCCCUGGCCGAUCAUCGGAAACUUGCCUCACCUAGGUCCCGUGCCGCAUCACGCUCUGGCGGACCUAGCUCGGACCUAUGGUCCUUUAAUGCAUCUCCGGCUAGGUUUCGUGAACGUCGUCGUGGCAGCGUCAGCCUCUGUCGCGGCGCAAUUCUUGAAGGUUCAUGACGCCAACUUCUCCAGCCGGCCACCCAACGCUGGAGCCAAAUACAUCGCUUAUAAUUAUCAAGAUCUUGUGUUUGCUCCCUACGGCCCACGGUGGCGAAUGCUCCGGAAAAUUAGCUCCGUUCAUCUUUUCUCCGGCAAGGCCUUGGAUGAUUUCAGACAUCUCAGACAGGAAGAGAUAGCAAGAUUGACGCGCAAUCUAGCCAGUGCCGACUCAAACGCGGUGAACUUGGCUCAAUUGCUUAACGUAUGCACGACAAAUGCAUUGAGCAGAGUGAUGAUAGGGCGGCGCGUGUUCAACGACGGCAGCGCUGGGUGCGAUCCCAGGGCGGAUGAGUUUAAGAGUAUGGUGGUGGAAGUGAUGGUAUUGGCCGGAGUUUUCAACAUCGGCGAUUUUAUUCCAGCCUUGGUUCUUGACCUGCAAGGAGUGCAAGCUAAGAUGAAAAAACUGCACAAAAGAUUCGAUGACUUCCUUACGAGCAUCAUUGACGAGCACAAGGUUUCUAAGAGCGAGAAGCACAAGGACAUGUUGAGUACCCUGUUGUCCCUCAAAGACGUUCAGGAUGAUGAAGGAACCAGACUCACUGACACCGAGAUCAAGGCUCUUCUUUUGAACUUGUUUACUGCGGGAACCGACACGUCAUCAAGUACAACAGAGUGGGCCAUAGCUGAACUAAUUCGAUAUCCGAGAAUGCUGGCCCAAGUCCAACAAGAGCUGGAUGCUGUGGUGGGUCGAGAUCGACUCGUGACUGAACUAGACUUGCCCAACCUCCCAUACUUGCAGGCCGUGGUGAAGGAAACCUUCCGUCUUCACCCAUCAACGCCUCUUUCUCUUCCACGAAUAGCAGACAAAAGCUGUGAGAUCUUCGGCUAUCAUAUCCCCAAAGGAGCUACUUUACUGGUCAACGUCUGGGCCAUUGGUCGUGACCCCAAGGAAUGGUCUAACCCAUUGGAGUUCAAGCCUGAAAGGUUUCUGCCAGGUGGCGAGAAAGCUGACGUGGAUGUUAGGGGCAAUGACUUUGAGGUGAUACCAUUUGGUGCUGGACGUAGAAUUUGUGCUGGUAUGAGCCUGGGGCUUCGCAUGGUUCAACUACUAACUGCGACACUGGUCCAUGCCUUCAAUUGGGACCUGCCAGAAGGGCUUCACCCUGAGAAGCUUAAUAUGGAUGAAGCCUAUGGGCUGACCCUCCAACGGGCAGCCCCACUGACUGUGCACCCUAGGCCCAGACUUUCACCACAAGCCUACUAAUCAUGAACAUCGCCUUCUUCAGACCCUUGUGGAUACGCCUUUCCUAGUGCUUUUACUGAGUAGUACAAUGAUCAUGCGUAUCCAAUUUGCCGGGGAAUUCAGUUCAGACGGGUUAUGAAAAAGAGAACACGAGACAACUGAAAGAUCUACAUCAACUAGUACUACCAAAUGAUCUACAUGUACUUUUCAAUUAUUUUCAUAGUAAAAUUGUAGUUUCUUAUUACUGAUCUUAAAUACACAAACUACUUAA